UCAAGAGGACUUGGAGCUGGUCCUCGCCUUGAGGAAGCAGUGGCUUAUUUUCAAGAAGCCAUUUCUGAUAUAAGGAUCUACUCAGCAUGCCUAAUCAAGGAGAAGACUGCUAUUUUUUUUUCUAUUCUACAUGUACCAAAGGUGACAGCUGUCCCUUCCGUCACUGUGAAGCUGCGCUAGGAAAUGAAACUGUUUGCACAUUAUGGCAAGAGGGGCGCUGUUUUCGACAGGUGUGCAGGUUCCGGCACAUGGAGAUUGACAAAAAACGUAGUGAGAUUCCUUGUUACUGGGAAAAUCAGCCAAUGGGAUGUCAAAAACUAAACUGCGCUUUCCAUCACAACAGAGGACGUUAUGUUGAUGGCCUUUUCCUACCUCCAAGCAAAACUGUGUUGCCUACUGUGCCUGAGUCACCCGAAGAGGAAGUGAAGGCUAACCAGCUCACAGUUCAGCAGAACAAAUUGUCUGUCCAGUCUAAUCCCUCCCCUCAGCUGCGAAGUGUUAUGAAAGUAGAAAGUUCAGAAAAUGUUCCUAGCCCCACCCAUCCACCAGUUGUAAUCAAUGCUGCUGAUGAUGACGAAGAUGAUGAUGAUCAGUUUUCCGAGGAAGGUGAUGAAACCAAAACACCCAUCCUGCAACCGCCUCCUGAAGCUCAUAAUGGAUUACGGACAGCCUCUGCCCGGAAACCUGGAGUCAAUUUGAAGCAAGGUGAAUGUUUGAAUUUUGGAAUCAAAACUCUUGAGGAGAUUAAGUCAAAGAAAAUGAAGGAAAAAUCCAAGAAGCAAGGUGAAGGUUCUUCCGGAGUUCCCAGUCUUUUACUCCAACCUCAGCCCAUUCCAGGUCCUGAAAAAGAGAAUGUCCGGACUGUAGUGAGGACAGUAACUCUUUCCAGCAAACAAGGAGAAGAACCCUUGGUAAGAUUGAGUCUCACUGAAAGACUGGGAAAACGAAAAUUUUCAGUAGGGGGUGACAGCGAUCCUCCAUUAAAGCGUAGCCUUGCACAGAGGUUAGGGAAGAAAGUGGAAGCUACAGAAACGAACACUGACAAAGCACCAAAGAAAGUUCACGUUUCCAAGUCUCUGAAGGAGCGAUUAGGCAUGUCAGCUGGUCCCAACAGUGAGGAGGCAGCAGAGCGAGGCACUAAAGUUGGUGAAAUCCAUGUGAAGACAUUAGAAGAAAUUCUUCUUGAAAAAGCUAGUCAGAAACGUGGAGAAUUGCAACCUAAACUGAAGACCGAAGGACCUUCAAAAGUUGAUGAUACUACUUUAGGAACAAGAAGCCCCUCCACCAUCAGAAUCAAAACCUUCUCUGAGGUCCUGGCUGAAAAGAAACAUCGGCAGCAGGAAGCAGAGAGACAAAAAAGCAAAAAGGAUGUAACUUGCAUCAAGCUAAAGACAGAUAGUGAAAUUAAAAAAACAGUGGUUUUGCCACCUGUAGUUACCAGCAAAGGACAAUCAGAGGAGCCCGCAGGUAGAGCAAAGUCCAUGCAGGAGGUGCACAUCAAGACGCUGGAGGAAAUUAAACAGGAGAAGGCACUGCGGGUACAGCAGAGCUCUGAGGGCAGCACCAGCUCCCAGCCUCAGCCUGAGGCCACCCCAGGGGCAAGGCGGCUUCUCCGAAUCACAAAAAAAACAGGUAUAAAAGAAGAGAAGAAACUACAAGAAGGGAGUGAAGUUGCUUCCCAGAGCGGGGUUAAUAGAACAGAAGCUAAAGAGGUUUCAGAAGAGGCCACAGGAGUUGGCAUUACUAAAAUUCAAGUCAAGAGAUGUGAGACCAUGAGAGAGAAGCACAUGCAGAAACAGCUGGAGAGGGGAACCUCACAGAAGGAGAAAUCAGUUCUGACACCUCUCCGGGGAGACGUAGACUCUUGCAAUACUCAGAUAGGAGAGAAGCCGGUGCUAACUCCUGUGCCGGGCCUCACACGGCACCUGGCAAAGCGGCCUUCCACAAAGUCAUCCCCAAAAGCAGAGGUGGAAACCUCAGGGAGUGGGGACUCGAUAUUGAAUGUGAAGUGUGCAGCACAGAGCUUGGAAAAACGGAGUAAAGCUAAACCCAAAGUCAAUGUGAAGCCAUCUGUGGUUAAAGUUGUCUCAUCCCCCAAAUUGGCCCCCAAACGCAAGGCAGUGGAGGCGCACCCUGCUGUCAUUGCAGCUGUGAAGCCGCUCAGCUCCAGCAGCGUCCUGCAGGAAAGCCCCACCAAAAAAGCAGCUGUGGCAGUUGUCCCACUCCUUUCUGAGGACAAAUCAGUCACUGUGCCUGAGAUGGAAAAACCUAGAGACAGUCUUGUGUUGCCUCCAACCCAGUCCUCUUCAGAUUCCUCCCCACCAGAAGUAUCUGGCCCUUCUUCUUCUCAGAUGGCCACGAAAACUCGCCGACUCAGUUCCACCUCAACAGGAAAGCCCCCACUUUCUGUGGAGGAUGAUUUUGAGAAACUAAUAUGGGAGAUUUCAGGAGGCAAAUUAGAAGCUGAGAUCGACUUGGAUCCUGGGAAAGAUGAAGACGACCUUCUGCUUGAGCUGUCAGAGAUGAUUGAUAGCUGAAGGCGGUAGAACAUUUAAAAAAAAAACAAAACUGGACUUAGUUUCAUCUAUUAUAACAUUUACCCAAGAUGAUCGUUUCUUUAGUCUAGCAUUUACCCCAAAUCAGAAGUAUACCUCUGAAUUACCUGUAUGUGUCCUGAAUUCCUUGGGGUCAGAUUUUUAAAGUCCCCUCGAUAACCCAUUUUGUCCAUUCGAUGCCAUGGCUUAGCAUCUGUGAGAAAAAUAUUCUGUCUUACACCUCUCCACAAAAAAACUGAGAGGGAGAUCCAAGUCGAAGGGUGCAAGAGAACUUAGUGACUCCUUGAGGUGUUUGUCAGUUUGGGCCCCCCCCCCUUUGCUGUAGUAUUUCUUUUAUGUAUUGUCUUAAUGUACUUAUUAAUGUAACCUGAGUUUGAAAAGGAUGAAGACCAGCUGCUGCCAGUAAGGACCAAAUUUCACUCUAUCACUAAACAAAAGAUCCACUCCGUCUGCGUUAAAUUGUAUGUCUUUUUAAAAGUAUUUGGAGAUUCAACUAAGCUUUAGAGAAGGCUGAGCAACUCUGGAAGCUCAUAAUCUGGACAUAACUUUUUCGACCUGAUUUCCAUGCUUCUGCUGCUCUGUAAGCCUCUGAAGAGCAAUAGCUAAUUUUAUUAUUACUGUAAUUUUUUUAAGGCUUUAAAGUGCCUCAGGGGUCCUCUGAAACUAAUUUUCUAUUUCUGGGAUUCCCUGGAUUCUUAAUAAGAGAUGGUGACAUAAUGAUUAGAGGAAUUCUUUUUUUAGCAUGAAAGUUGUCCCUUCUCUUCUUCAGUACUUGCCUCCAACUGGCAUUGAAUUAUCACAGGGAUUAAAAUCAGUUUAAUUUUUUAUUCUAACUCUCCCAGCAAACUCCUCUUGCCCAGUAUUUAUUUGGUGCCCAUUAACCAGCAGAGGGGGAAAAAAAAAAAAAUGAACUCCUCCAAGCUGCCAGUAUUUGUCUCUGGACUGUAGCAGUACACUGAACUGUACUGUAGCGGGGGUGAUUGAGAUGCUCUGGGGGUGUAUUGUAUACCUUCCAGUUUUCUUCAUUUCUGAAUUGAAUUUUCUUUUCUUGAUGUCAGUCUCCUUCAUACCACCUCAAGGUUUAGACUUGUGAAGGAACAAGUAUGAUGGGGAUAAGAGUCUUGAAAGGAGACAUAUUGUACAUAAUCAGAAGGAAAAGGAAAGAAGGACUUGUCUGACUUGCAAUUUUGCUGUAGGUGGCCAGUUCUGUUUCUCAUAGGGAAAUCUGGUCCACCUGUCGCGUUGGCUCCUAAGGAACUGCUGUUGUAAGCGGCUCAUCAAGAGUUGCACCUCACGUAGCCUUGUUGGGAACAUGGAAACGGAAGAAAGCCACAGGACUGCCCGUUCAGUCUUGGGAAGAUCUGGAUGAUUCUGCACAAGCAAAAAUGACUUGAAAUUUAUGUAUAGACACCUCUCCACCAAUCCAUCUUCAGCUGACUGAAUGUUGUAUAAUAGCCCUUCUCCAAAGCAGGGGUGGAAUGUUCUGGUUUCACCACAAAUUUUCUACUCAUUUCAUUUUUGGAAUCCACUUAAAGAUUCCAGGUCCCUUUUGUAUAUAACCUUUAUCCUUUUGCUUUUUUAAAAAUAAUUUUGUUUCAUAUUUAAAGUCCUUGUAUUAGUCAAUGAUUCAUGUUCAGCAUUAUUUGAACCAUUUGCCAUUACAAGAAAGAGAAAUACUUAUUUGUGUUUUAAAUAAAACUGGUGUAGGAAAGUCUGGA